CGUGUGUCCACCUCUGCGCCCGGCCGGAAGCCUCCCGCUGCCCGUCGCGCUGGGGGCCGGCAGGUGGCGCUGUGGGCGGCGCGCGUUUCCGCACGGAGGGCUUUGAGUGCUGCACGCCCGGCCCGCCAGGCGCGGCCUCCGGCGCGGGCCGGGGGGGAUUGGCCGCUGCACCGGGAAGAUGGCGGAUCGGCAGGAGGCGCUGAGGGAGUUCGUGGCCGUGACCGGGACCGAGGAGGAGCGAGCCCGCUUCUUCCUGGAGUCGGCGGGCUGGGACCUGCAGAUUGCUCUAGCUAGUUUUUAUGAGGACGGGGGUGAUGAAGACAUUGUAACGCUUCCUCAGCCAACUGCCAGCUCUGUGUCCAGAGGCACUGCACCCAGUGACCACCGGGUGACAUCAUUCAGAGACCUUGUUCAUGCUCAAGAAGAUGAUGAUGAAGAGGAAGAGGGACAACGGUUCUAUGCUGGGGGCUCGGAAAGAAGUGGGCAGCAGAUCGUUGGCCCGCCAAGGAAGAAAAGCCCCAAUGAGCUGGUGGAGGAUCUGUUCAAAGGAGCUAAGGAGCAUGGAGCGGUGGCUGUCGAUCGGCCAGCUAAGAGCCCCGGCGAGAGCAGCAGACCAAAACCAUUUGCAGGGGGAGGGUACCGCCUUGGAGCUGCUCCAGAGGAGGAGUCGGCCUAUGUGUCAGGAGAGAGGAGGCAGCAUUCUGGUCAGGAUGUACAUAUCGUACUGAAGCUAUGGAAGAGUGGAUUCAGCCUGGACAAUGGGGAGCUGAGGAGCUACCAAGACCCAUCCAAUGCCCAGUUUCUGGAGUCUAUCCGCAGAGGGGAAGUCCCAGCCGAGCUCCGCAGGUUAGCACGCGGUGGACAAGUGAACUUGGAUAUGGAGGACCACCGUGACGAGGAUUUUGUGAAAUCCAAAGGUGCCUUCAGGGCUUUCACUGGAGAGGGGCAGAAACUGGGCAGCACUGCCCCGCAGGUGAUGGGCACCAGCUCUCCAGCACAGCAGGCAGAGAACGAAGCCAAAGCCAGUUCUUCUAUCACCAUUGAUGAGUCAGAGCCCACCACCAACAUCCAAAUCCGGCUCGCUGAUGGCGGGCGAUUGGUCCAGAAAUUUAACCACAGCCACAGCAUCCGUGACAUCCGGCUCUUCAUAGUAGAUGCCCGGCCAGCGAUGGCUGCUACCAGCUUUGUCCUCAUGACCACCUUCCCGAAUAAAGAGCUGUCUGACGAGGACCAAACCCUGAAGGAAGCCAACCUGCUCAACGCUGUCAUCGUCCAGCGAUUAAUAUAAUGGAACCCAUCUCUCUUCACGCGUCUACCUGCUGCGCGCAUGUGUCGUUUCGUCCUGUAUGCGCACCUGUGCCACGCAGCACAGUGUCACAUCUACCUGUAGCUCUGGGUUCUUAGAUCUUGGUUGGACUUUUUUCUCAUUAGUUGCAUUUCCCAUGUUUUUGUGAUGAUCAGUGGACUUUAAAAUAAAUAAACAAAACAAACCCAUUUUGAAAGGG